CUCUGACCUUUCACAUCGCGAUGACACCUAUCUCUGAGAUAACACUCUCUCUUAUCUCGCAUUCACUGCUGCAAUGGCUGCACAACUCGACGCACAGGAGUUCCUCUCGCAAUGGGACCGAGACAUCGACGACCCGAAGACCGACAAACACCAGCUCUACGCCGCUCUCAUGCAAAGAGCCGACGGCUCGCUGGCCGUGAGUUGGCGUUUGGCGAAAGCGGCGCUAAUUAUGUCGGACUUGAAGGAGGCGGAGGGGGCGCCCAAGGACGCCGUGAAGGGGGUCGUGCAGGAGGCGGUGGCGCACGCCCGCCGAGCGCUGGAGGCGGCGCCCCGGGCUCUCGAGGCCAACAAAUGGUACUGCGCGGCCGUCGGACGCAUCGCUCCCUUCGUCGGCACCAAAGAGCGCAUCCAAUUCGGCCACGAGUUCAAGAAGCACGCGGACGUCGCGCGAGAGGUCGACCCCAACGACCGGCUCCUCCAUCACAUGUACGGCCGUUGGUGUUACGAAGUGGCCGGUCUGUCGUGGAUGGAGCGCAAGAUCGCCGCCACCUUCUUCGACGCGCCGCCCGAGUCCUCCUAUAAGGAGGCGUUGAGUGCUCUCCUCAAGGCAGACGAGUUAAGACACGACUGGAUUGGGAAUCAGCUGUGGAUCAGCAAAACGCUGAUCGCCGACAAGCGCGUGGACGAGGCGAAGAAGUGGAUGGCCGGCGCUCUGGAGUUGACGCCCGUCACCGAAGAGGACAACCUCUCGCGCCGCGAACUCGUCGCUCUUCACCACAAACACAGCAAAUGAAUAAACUUUAGUCACGGAUGAAGGGAUUGUCUUCCUCUUCGUCCGCGAAGGGAAACGAA